AUGGUUUUCGUUGAUGCUCCUCAUGUGAUUGAUGUACCAACAGUAGGUGCAGGCGCGUUUGAAAAAUUUGAUUCGACAGCCGACUCAUCUGAGACUGAUGCUGAGUUAAUACCCCGAGCUUGGUGGUCAUCGAAAGAACCAGAACAGACUGGUUUGCCUCACAAAGUCUAUGAAGGUUUAGAUGAGACCAUGACCUUUUUGCGGGAGGUUAUUGAUACUCAAGGACCUUUUGACGCCUGCUUUGGUUUUUCGCAAGGUGCUGCCUUGGCUGCAGUUCUCAGCUCUGUGCUAGAGUAUCCAAACCUACAUGAAGCAUUUUCGAACUUAAAAGAUCAAACCAAUGGUCAAAAGGCUUUCAAAGCUGUUGUUUUAGUUGCAGGUUUCAAACUUGAUCUCCCACCUGAAUGGUACGGUGUAAGACCAGACUCGGAUAGUCAAACACUCCAGACUAGAAGUUUACACAUCUUAGGACGCACAGAUAGUAUUGUUGGGACCGAUCGAUCAGAACCACUUGUUUCAGCUUUUAUGAAUCCUCGUGUUGAAUGGCAUGAUGGAAGUCAUUUUGUGCCAUCAAAGAAAAGUUGGAGAGAUUUCUUUUGUAAUUAUGUUCAAAAACUUGAUCAAAGAGAUGAAUCACUUAUACCUAGUCCUGGACAAACCGAGUCCUUGAGUAAUGUACCCAAAAUGUAA